GCCAGUUUUUUGUUCUGCUCUAAGAUUUGCUCUUGCUGUCAAAGUGAACAAAAAUUGAUUAAUUGAUUACAAAACUAGAUAAAGUUAAUGUUUUUAACUGUCUCCUGAAUAGUUAUGUGAUUAUUUUGAUCCUAGUUAUUUAUGGUUAUAAUUCUUUUUAUUACAGAAAUUAAUUCGUCAAUGAUGUCAAGAAAUUUGUUUUGUUUUGUAAUCUUCUUCUCUUUUUUGUGUUAUGUAAAGGCCCAGUCGUACGAUGAUGCCCGAUGCAAAUGUGUCUGCACUGUUGUCAAUGGAACACAGUCUUACAAGAAACUAUACAUAGCUCCUGUACCACCCAAUAAUGACUGUGACGGAGUCAGUGUUCCGGUGUUGGACAACCUGAACAACAAGACUCAGGCGCAAGAGCUCUGUCCUCGGUGUGAGUGCAAGUACGAGAGCCGCAACACUACCAUUAUAAAGGUGGUGGUUAUAAUCGUCAUCUGGAUCAUAUCUCUGCUGGUGAUCUACAUGUUGUUCUUGAUCUGCUUGGACCCUCUGCUCAACAAGAGAGCCAAGAGUAGCUAUGUGGAACACACCAACGAGGACGACGAGAGCGGAGGUUUACCAGCUGGGUCAUCUUCUCACCAAAUGGGCGUCCGAGGAAGUAAUGUUCUCAACAGAGUCGGACAUCAACAAGACAAGUGGAAGAAGCAGGUCCGAGAACAACGCAAGAACAUCUACGAUCGACACACCAUGCUCAACUAGACCAAGUUGAAAGCAUGUUUUUUAUGUAUAACUCAUAGAAAUUCCUUUACCUUGCUAAAAUAUUCGGCGAUCAAGGUAUAACUGAUGCCUGGAAAAUGAAUUUAGGCUGAUGGAUAGAAAAAGUUAUUGAAUCUAUUUCGAAUUUAGAAAAGGUAGACAUUAUUCCAACAAAACAGUACCUAAGUUACUAAUAGUUAGGAUAUAAAAAAAAAGUCCCUUUGUAUUUAUUUUUAAGGUUUUAGUUUUUCUUUGAAUAUUUGUAAAAUAUAUGUUUACUAGGCUAUUAAAAUACUUAAAGUA